CAAAAGCUCAGUCAUCUCAAAGUAUUGAUUGGUAGGAAAAUGUGUUCAAUAUAUCUGAAGUCAGAAUAAGUUCAUAGAAAACCAGCUGAUCUCUUCUAAAAAAAAACUUUAUUGAAAAAUCUGACUCCAUUAAAGGCCAACAGGCAGCCAGCAGCAGGCCUGAAGGAGGCCUUGGUUCUGAUCAGGACAAAACAAUAACAACCCUCACAAGGAGCCGGCAUCUGUUCCUGGAUGAUCUUAGAGAGAAGACUGCCUAAAUGUCAAUCACCUUAAAACAACAUCUGACUUCCUGGUCUCAACCCUGGAGGUGGUAUCUUUUACCUCAGACUUUACAACAUAACCAACUUUGUUUGUUACAGAGAGGCCUCAUGUUGAUAAGACACACUGACUCUUCCUCUGUUUAAACUGUAUGGCUGCAAUGAUCACAAAGUGUAAAAUACAAAACUGGAUCUCAAAUUCAGUUAAUCGGUCACAUUUUCUUCAGAUUCAAAAUAUUUUUUAGUUUAUUUCCAUUUCGUAAUGAUUUAUCCAAGAUAUUUAUCCAGACAGGAAAUAAUCCUAUAUAUAAAUAUAAUCUUAUAAGAAGCUACGGUUUCAUUUUCUGCACAGUGACACUUUUUGAUGUUGCUUUGUUUGAAAGUGUUUAGUUUAUUUGUCGAAGAACUGGAGGGUCAGUGUUGUUCUGUUAGCUGGAGAACUACAACAGUAUUUAGCAAAGAAAAGCCUCAAAAGAUUGACUUAACCCUAACCCCAAUAAAAACAAAAGUACCAAGUGUAGACAAUUAAAAUACAAUUAAAAUACAUUAUGUUGGUUGCACKUUUGGAAAGAUAACAUGGAUAAGGUAUUGCAAAAGCWAUUUCACACCACUGAGAUGAAUCACCAAGUGUAGAUUUAAAAAAUAUCUUUUCAACCCCUAAAUUGUAUUGUUAAUCUAAUCUUCUCCUUUUCAACAAUAUCUUAUAUUCUCUUUAUGAAACAAAAGGUCUUACAGGUCUUAUGGUCACUGCAGACUAAUAAAAACACAUUUAGGAUGUUUGUUUGCUGUCAGUUAGGCAGAAUUUAGAAAUAUAGCAACUUAUCWGGAGAGCAGCUGAGAUGGGACAAAUGAACUGAGCCAGUAAAACAGUUUUAAAAACUUGUCUUUUCAGCAGAAACGAUGGUGGCCUGUAGCCCUCUGACCCUCUGAGCACCAGCCACACAGGGCAGGGAUGAUGCACUUGGCCCACACGGCCCACUGGCAGUUCCUGGGAUUAAUAUCCGGGUUCCUGGCCUGGAUCAUCAUCAUGGCUACAGCUGGACUCAACGAGUGGCGGGUUUGGCACGUGGCCGACGUKUCCAUCAUCACCUCAGGGGAGGCAUGGGUGGGCAUCUGGAGGGCGUGCUUCUUCAGCCACGUCCUUCCCAGAGCCGAGAACUGUCGGAGCCUGGGGAUCUCGGACCCCUUUGUUCCAGUGGAGAUCCCGGUGGCUCAGGUUCUAAUGAUAGUGGCGGUGAUCUCCGGCCUUGUGGGGAACAUCUGCGCCGCGGUGGCCAUGAGAAUGGCCUACUUCUCCGUGGAAGAUCGUCACAACUUCAGGAUGGUUUUUGUGAUGGCGGGUGUUUUUUACCUGCUGACUGCGACUUUCAUGUUGGUUCCUCUGGUGUGGAACAUGACCUCUGUCCUGAACAACAGCACCAUAGACUUCCCACAAGAGUUCCACUUCCCCGCCGCGCCCAUCAGACAGAGGGUUGGCUCGGCCAUCGGUACGGGCCUCUUCGCCUCCACCCUGAUGCUCAUUAGUGCAGUUCUCUUCCUAAGCUACCGGUUUGUUUGGGAGGCCCCGGAGAAAACCAGGGACCCGCUCAGUGGCCCCUGGCCGGUAACAACACUGACAAAGACAUCAGACAUGUCCAAAGAAGAUGGCCAGGGGAUGAAUAAUCCUGCUUUCAACACUGAAGAAACCUCAUGAAGGUUUAGUUUUUUCCAGUGUUCCUUACACUGUAAGACUUGUUCGAACAAAAACAUGCUUUAAGUAAAUUUCUUAUCAAAGCUGUUCAUUAAAGUGCCCGUGACAUCAAUUUGUUUUGUUAUAAAUGUGAUUGCACUUUUGGAACGAUAACAUGGAUAACGUAUUGCAAAAGCAAUUUCACACCACUGAGAUGAACAGUUGUUGAGAUAUUCGCAUGUGAAGUAACAGAAAGUGAUGACAAAG